CCUGCGAGGCCUCCGUGCGCACUUUAGGCGAGCCGAACCGAGCUGAACCCUGCCCUGCACUUGCGAGCUGUUCGCCAUGGUGGACGAGCUGGUGCUGCUGCUGCAUGCGCUCCUGAUGCGGCACCGCGCCUUGAGCAUCGAGAACAGCCAGCUCAUGGAACAGCUGCGGCUACUGGUGUGCGAGAGGGCCACCCUACUGCGCCAGGUACGUCCGCCGAGCUGUCCGGUGCCCUUCCCCGAAACGUUUGACGGCGAGAGCUCCCGGCUCCCCGAGUUUAUCGUGCAGACGGCGUCUUACAUGCUUGUCAACGAGAACCGAUUCUGCAACGACGCCAUGAAGGUGGCAUUCCUAAUCAGCCUGCUCAUCGGGGAAGCUGAGGAGUGGGUGGUGCCCUACAUUGAGAUGGAUAGCCCCAUCCUAGGUGAUUACCGGGCCUUCCUCGAUGAGAUGAAACAGUGUUUUGGCUGGGAUGACGACGAAGACGACGACGACGAAGAUGAAGAUGAUGAUUACUAGGCCCGGAGACCCUCGGGCCUAGGGGGGAGGGCCCUGCACGCCGCCACCUCUCCCCUCUCCGCCUUGUCCCGCCCGGAGCCGCCGCGCUCCCCUAGCGCUCCCAUCCCCUUCCCUACCUCUGCCUCUGGUUGUCUUCCUCCUCCCCCCUCCUCCCCGUAGUGCUUGUCUUUGUUCCGGGGAUAGUGCUCCAGUUACCUGCUGCUGAGGCUGGGGCCUCUCUCUGAAGUGCGCUGCCUCCCACUCUGGCCAGCCCCAGGACCCUCUCCUGCUGACUUGAACUGUGUUCUGAGCCCCAACUCUAGGCCAGGCCCCUGUUACCAACUGGACGGACUAUGCACAGCUGUGCCGCACAGCCCUGCCAACUCUCAGGCCUACAUCUUGCCCAGAGACCUACGCUGCCACCUAAGCACCCUCCACCACAUUACAGCGACAGACCAGGCCUUUGGAGAUAAGGAGCAACCUAGAAGAUGCCUUAGUUGGCUACACCUCCUGGGACACUGGUUUGGACUGCUCACCAACUUCCCCCAAGGGGCUAAUCUUUCAAGCUGGUUAGUUCCCUGCUAACGCCCAAGGUCUUCUCCUGCCUCACCAGAUUGCUGCAGGAGCCUGUUGUGCCUGGCAGCCAAAUUGUUGACAUUUCUCCUAUGCACCAGUUUUGCACAACUGUCAUUUAUCUUUCAAAAUUGCAGCAAUCCCACAGAUGUGUGCAUUUGGACAAAAAUACUAAAAACAAAACUACAAACAAAAGCAGGCACUCAGCCCAGCUCCUCAGUACUACCUGGAAAAAGCAUUUACAUUCUUUUCAAUAAAUAUCAAGCACUAC